AGAGGUUACAAGUGAAAGGAAUACAACUCCAUUUGUAAUUUCAAAACAAAAACAAACUAGUCCUUGCCGUAUUACAAACUAGUUUGUUCAAAAAUAUCAAUCAUUUUAUUAAUUAAGUUUGCUAAAUCCAAAUAUUAAUCUGCAAUGACAAGCAAAUCAUUAAUCCCAAGAUAUGUGGUUUUUCAAAGUCGCUAAGAAAGACCACACGUUGAAAAUUUUACUGUGUUUUAAUGAAUUAUGAACAUGUUCACUCGCUUAAAUAUUCGAGCCUAUAAUUCACUAUAUAGAGGCACAAAUAGCUUCAUCAAAUUAAAUUUUAAGUUCCGCAACUUAUGUACGAAAAUAAAUGAAGAUUUACUAAAAUUGCGGAACAUUGGUAUCAUCGCCCAUAUAGAUGCUGGGAAAACAACUACAACUGAACGAAUGUUGUAUUAUUCUGGCCGAACUGACAUAAUAGGCGAAGUUCACGAUGGAGAUACAGUGACAGAUUAUAUGAAACAGGAAAGAGAACGUGGUAUCACCAUAACAUCUGCUGCAAUAACAUUUAAGUGGAAGAAACAUAAAAUUAACUUGAUUGACACUCCAGGGCAUGUUGAUUUCACAUUUGAAGUCGAAAGAGCUUUAUCUGUUUUAGAUGGUGCUUUAGUAAUUCUAGAUUCUUCUGCAGGAGUUGAGGUGCAAACUUUAAAAGUUUGGGAACAGGCAAAUCGUUACAAACUGCCUUGUGUAAUUUACUUAAAUAAAAUGGAUAAGAAUAACUCUGAUCUUGAUAUGAGUUUAUUAUCUAUUAGGAAUAAAUUAAAAAUAGAACCUUUGUUGUUGCAAGUUCCAUUAGGCACCACUAAAAAUUUUAGGGGCGUUGUAGAUUUGAUCCAUCUUCAAAAACAUGUUUGGAAAAAUGAUAAGAAUGAUGAUGGUCAGUGCUUCCAAACUGAAAAUUUAAGCCCAGAAGAAAUCAAAAAUUUACCAUUAAUUCUUGAAGGGAGAAAGACAUUAAUUGAAAAUAUCGCAAAUCAUGAUGAUUUAAUUGCUGAAAAGUUCAUUACUGACAAUUUAAAUUCAAUAUCAUCUUGUGAUUUACUUGCUGCUCUAAAGAGAAUUACUCUUCAUAAGCAAGCUGUACCAGUACUGAUCGGAAGUUCAUAUAAAAACAUAGGUGUUCAAUUGUUAAUGGAUGCAAUUUUGAAUUUUCUUCCUAAUCCCUCCGAAUAUCAUAGAGGUUUAGAACAGCAUUCUGAAAAUUUGUGUGCCUUUGCUUUUAAAACAAAUCAUAAUAAGAGUAAAGAACCUUUGACAUUUUUAAGAAUUUACUCAGGCCAUUUGAAAGGUGGGCAAAGAAUUUAUAAUGGAACUAAACAACAAUCAGAAAGAAUUGGUAAAGUAAUGAUACCACUUGCAGAUAGUUUUGAAGAGGUAGCGACUUUACCGGCUGGUAAUAUUUGUGUUGUUUCUAAUUUAAAGACGACUGUUACUGGGGACAUAUUAUUCGAUUCUGGAUCUGCUGCCACAAAAUUAUAUCCCUCAUUAGAAAAAGGGUCAACUUCAAAAAUACCAAUGAUUCAUAUUCCAGAUCCUGUGUUUUUUUGCACAAUAGAACCCCCUUCAAUAGGACAACAAAAUAAGUUAGAUUUUGCCCUACAAUGCUUGCAAAGGGAAGAUCCUACUUUUCAGGUUGAGAAUGAUGAAACUAUAGGUCAAACUAUUCUCAAAGGCAUGGGUGAGCUACAUAUCGAUAUCAUUAAAGAUAGGAUUCUUACAGAAUAUGGAGUUGAUGCUUAUUUGGGACCAUUACAAGUCGCAUACAAGGAAACAUUAAGCAAAGGAGUUGAAAAUACUCAUGUUCUAAAUAAAACCAUUGGUGGUUCCAAACAUUUGGUAACUAUGACUCUUAGAAUAUAUCCUUGUCUCCCCGGUCAUUUUCAGAAAAAGGUGAAUGUUGUUGUGACUAAAGAAAACAAUCUAGGCAAAAUAAGAUCAGAUUAUUUAAAAGCCAUUGAAUCUGGGCUUAAAACUGCUCUAAAUAAUGGGCCUCUUCUAAGCUUUCCCGUUAUAAAUAUUGGAGUAGAUUUGUUAUGGCUAGAAGUUGCAAAGAGUACUUCACUUGCAAUGUUGACUGCUGCUACAUCUCAAUGUAUAAAUGCUGCAUUGAAAAAAUCAACAUUGCAUCUCCUGGAACCAAUCAUGAAUUUAUCUAUAGCUGUCAGUAAAGGCUAUGCUGGUGUGGUAAUAAAUGAUUUGUCACAAAAACGUAGCCAAAUCUUAAGCAUGGAAGCACGCCAAGAUGUUGAAAUUAUUUUAGCAAGAACUCCACUUUCUGAACUAAAAGGAUAUAGUUCCAUGUUAAGAGCAUUAACUUCUGGAACUUGUUCAUUUACUAUAGAAUUUGAAAGUUAUCAAAAAAUGGAAUUACAAGAUCAAAAUCAAGCUAUCAAGGAUGUAACAGGAUUUUCACCACUUUGAAAAAAGUUUUGUUUAUAUUUAUAAAUAUAUAUAAAUUUAAUUUAUAGAUAUAUUUAUGUUUUAAGUAAAAAAAAAAUAUUUGAAAAAAACACAAUCACCUUUCUGUACAGUUAUUAAAAUCUCUUUAGCCAUGAUAAUUUGUGGCCAGUGGUAA